AGAGAGACUAAUAUAACUGACACCCUCUCACAGUCAGAGACUAAUAUAACUGACACCAUCUCACAGUCAGAGACUAAUAUAACUGACACCAUCUCACAGUCAGAGAGACUAAUAUAACUGACACCAUCUCACAGUCAGAGACUAAUAUAACUGACACCAUCUCACAGUCAGAGAGACUAAUAUAACUGACACCAUCUCACAGCCAGAGAGACUAAUAUAACUGACACCGUCUCACAGUCAGAGACUAAUAUAACUGACACCAUCUCACAGUCAGACAGACUAAUAUAACUGACACCAUCUCACAGUCAGAGGCUAAUAUAACUGACACCAUCUCACAGUCAGAGACUAAUAUAACUGACACCCUCUCACAGUCAGAGAGAAUAAUAUAACUGACACCCUCUCACAGUCAGAGACUAAUAUAACUGACACCAUCUCACAGCCAGAGAGACUAAUAUAACUGACACCAUCUCACAGUCAGAGACUAAUAUAACUGACACCAUCUCACAGUCAAAGACUAAUAUAACUGACACCAUCUCACAGUCAGAGAGACUAAUAUAACUGACACCAUCUCACAGUCAGAGAGACUAAUAUAACUGACACCAUCUCACAGUCAAAGAGACUAAUAUAACUGACACCAUCUCACAAUCAGAGAGACUAAUAUAACUGACACCAUCUCACAGUCAGAGACUAAUACAACUGACACCAUCUCACAGUCAGAGAGACUAAUAUAACUGACACCAUCUCACAGUCAGAGAGACUAUUAACUGGACACCAUCUCACAGUCAAACUAAUAUAACUGAACACCUCUCACUGUCAGAGACUAAUAUACUGACCCAUCUCACAGUCCAAAGACUAAUAGAUAACUGACACCACUCACAGUGUCAGAGAACUAAUAUAAAUGACACCCUCUCACCAGUCAGAGAGACUAAAUAAGCUGACAACACCAUCUCAACAGUCAAGAAGACUAAUAUAACUGACACCAUCUCCAUCAGAGAGACAAUAUAGUACACCAUCUCACAGUCAGAGACUAAUAUAACUGACACCAUCUCCCAGUCAGAGAGACUAAUAUAACUGACACUAAAGAAUCAUCUCACAGUCAGAGGACUAAUUCACUGACACCAUCUCACAUUCAUAGAGAUAUUAACUGACACCAUCUCCAGUCAGAGAGACUAAUAUAACUGACCCCAUCUCACAGUCAAAGAGCCUUCAUCUAACUGACACCGUCUUCACAGUCAGAGAGACUAAUAUAACUGACCACCAUCUCACCAGUCCCGAGAGACCUAUAUAACUGACAUACCAUCUCACAGUCAGAGACUAAUAUAAACUGAACAACCGUCUCACAGUCAGAAUCGGCCCCUGCAUAUGAACUUACACCAUCUCACAGUCAGAGAGACUAAUAUAAUGACUAACAAGGUCUCACAGCGAGAGACUAAUAUAACUGACACUCUCACAUCAUAGAGACUAAUAUAACUGACACCAUCUCAACCCAGUCUAGAGACUAAUUAAACUGACAACCGUCUCACAGUCAAGCACUAAUAUAAACUGACACCGUCUCACAUCAGAGAUACUAUCUAACGACAACCAUCUCACAGUCAUAGACUAAUAGUAACUGACACCAUCUCACAGUCAGGACUAUCAUCUAACUGACACCUCGUCUCACAUUCAUAGAGACUAAUAUAACUGAACCAGCUCACAGUCAAGAGACUAAUCUAAACCUGACCCCAUCUCACAGUCAGAGACUAAUAUAACGACAACCGUCUCAACAGUCAGAGAGACUAAUAUAAACUGACACAUCUCACGUCCAUAGGACCUUAAUAUAACUGACCCACUCCACAGUCAUAGAGACUACUUAACUGACACCAUCUCACAGUCAAGACUAUAAACUGACACACCGUCUCACAGUCAGAGAGACUAAUAUACUGCACCAUCUCACAGUCAGAAGACCGAAUCUCACUGACAACCGUCUCACAGUCAGCACUAAUAUUAACAUGAACACCGUCUCACAGUCAGAGAGACUAAUAAUAUGACAGCACCAUCUCACAGUCAGAUAGACAUAUAUAACUGCCACCAUCUCACAGUCAGAGACUAAUUCACUGACACCAUCUCAAGCAGUCAGAGACUAAUAUAACUGACAAAUCCGUCUCACAGUCAGAGAGACUAAUAUAAACUGGGACACCCUCUCACAUCAGAGAGACUAAUAUAACGGACUCCAUCUCACAGUCAGCGAGACUAAUAUACUGCACCGUCUCCGCAGUCAGAGAGUAAUAUAACUGACACCAUCUCACAGUCAGAGAGACUAAUAUAACUGACACCGUCUCACAGUCAGAGACUAAUAUAACUGACACCGUCUCACAGUCAGAGACUAAUAUAACUGACACCGUCUCACAGUCAGAGACUAAUAUAACUGACACCAUCUCACAGUCAGAGACUAAUAUAACUGACACCAUCUCACAGUCAGAGACUAAUAUAACUGACACCGUCUCACAGUCAGAGACUAAUAUAACUGACACCAUCUCACAGUCAGAGACUAAUAUAAACUGACACCGUCUCACAAUCAGAGACUAAUAUAAACUGACACCGUCUCACAGUCAGAGAGACUAAUAUAACUGACUCCAUCUCACAGUCAGAGAGACUAAUAUAACUGACUCCAUCUCACAGUCAGAGACUAAUAUAACUGACACCAUCUCACAGUCAGAGACUAAUAUAACUGACACCAUCUCACAGUCAGAGACUAAUAUAACUGACACCCGGACUAAUAUGAACUACCCCAGUCAGAGACUAAUAUAACUGACACCAUCUCACAGUCAGAGACUAAUAUAACUGACACCAUCUCACAGUCAGAGACUAAUAUAACUGACACCGUCUCACAGUCAGAGACUAAUAUAACUGACACCAUCUCACAGUCAGAGACUAAUAUAACUGACACCGUCUCACAAUCAGAGACUAAUAUAACUGACACCGUCUCACAGUCAGAGAGACUAAUA